AUGUGGCCCAACAGCAACUCCAGUUCCUUCCUGUUGACUGGUUUUCCAGGCUUAGAGGCAGCUCACCACUGGAUUUCUGCACCCUUCUUUUUUGUCUACAUUUCAGUCCUUUUCGGCAAUGGCACUCUCCUCUUUGUCAUUAAGGAAGAUCACAAUCUUCACGAACCUAUGUACUACUUCCUGGCCAUGCUGGCAGCCACAGACCUAGGACUGACUGUGACCACGCUACCUACAGUUCUGGGAGUCCUCUGGAUGGAUCACAGGGAGAUUCAGAAUGUAGCCUGCUUUACUCAAGCCUAUUUCAUACACUCACUUUCUUUUGUGGAGUCUGGUGUUUUGCUUGCUAUGUCAUAUGACCGUUUUAUCGCUAUCCGUGAUCCUCUUAGAUACACCUCUAUACUCACUAAUACUCGAGUGAUGAAAAUUGGGCUAGCUGUUCUGAUGAGAGCGUUUGUAUCUGUUGUGCCCCCAAUUUUACCACUCUAUUUUUUCCCCUACUGUCACUCCCAUAUCCUUUCCCAUGCAUUCUGCCUUCACCAGGAUGUCAUCAAACUGGCCUGUGCUGAUAUCACCUUCAAUCGACUGUAUCCAGUUGUGCUUGUAGGCCUUAUAUUUGUUCUGGAUUCUCUAAUUAUCCUCAUCUCCUAUAUAUUGAUCCUAAAGAGUGUCCUGAGCAUUGCCUCCAGAGAGGAGAGGGCAAAAGCCCUUAACACUUGUGUUUCCCAUGUUUGUUGUGUCUUAGUUUUCUAUGUUACAGUGAUAGGGUUGUCUCUGAUUCAUCGGUUUGGGAAGCAUGUUCCACAUCUUGUUCAUCUUAUUAUGAGCUAUGUCUAUUUUCUGUUCCCUCCCUUAAUGAAUCCUAUAAUCUAUAGUAUCAAGACCAAGCAGAUCCGCAGUGGAAUACUUCGCAUUUUUACUAUGCAUAAAGUUGAAGCCUAA